AUGUUACGCAUUAAUACGCGCCGUUCCAGAUUUUUCGUCGAUUCCAUUUUGUGCCUGGAAAAUCCUUCCACCAUUGAAAUGUUUUUUCUUGAAGCGCACCAGCAAUUGCGGAAGGGUCAGCUAGAUUUAUCCAACAUUGAUUACGUUCGUGUUGGUGGUUUAUUACUUCAAAUUUAUCGUGGUGAUUUUAUUGACGAUAAUUCCUUGAUAAGCCAUCUACGGUCUCUCCUUCCCUUUCCUUCACGGUUAACGAGGCAAUAUGGUGUUAACCAAAGCUCGUUCGAGAAACAAGUACUAGCAGAGUAUAGUAAAUUACGUGGUUUACAACGCGGGUCUGCCAUUAUUUCGUAA